CAACCAUGGUUGGGGCAUUUAGCUUUUUUAUGUGUCGCGAGACAAAAGUAGUACUUUUGUUAUAAAAUAAUUAGUUUAAAUAUUUGCCAACUCAACGCUAAAAAUAAUUAGUCUUAAAAUUAAAUUUAAUCGUGUUAUUACAUUUUUAAUACUUUUAUUUGAGUAUUUCGGAGAAAAUUCGAAUAAAAUUAAUUGCGUAGCCGUACAUAGUGUAGCGUCAUUUCUCAUUUCUUUCUCAGCUGUUUCCCGCCACUCAUGUAUUUUGUGAAAAGUUCUUGGAUUUCAUUGUGUAUUCUGCUUGAUGAAGUGCGACAUUUUAUUUACCGGGCGGUAUGGGUAUAAAAUAUUUUUCAACUUAAAAAAACAAAAACUAAAUAGAUAAAUAUUAAGAAAUGUUUUUUAAUUGCACCAUUAAUUAAUAUAAUUUAUUUUGUACAUAGUAAUACGAAAUUCUACAAUCAAUGAAAAUUUUUUUUUGCGUUUGAAACUAUAAAAUUUGUAGCAGCUGAUUCUUGAGGAUAUACUUUUUUCUAUUCGAUUGAGAUAAUUUUUUUUGCAAGUGGUAUCUUUUGUUUGAAUUAUGUUAUGCUAUGAAAUGAAUUCUAAAUAAUAUGCCUACACGAUGUGAAUUAAACAAAUAAGUGAUUAAGAUAUUUAGUUUGAAAACUGAAAUAUACUAUAUUAAAAUAAAAUAAGAAAAAUAACACGUGAGGCAACCUGAUGUGAGUUAUCCUCGACCGCCGCCCUAUUUUGGUGAAAGUGUAUCUUAAGAAAAAAAUUAUUUUAAUAGAAAAACAAGCGGAAGCUUAGACACUGACAUAAUGUCCUCCGUGGUUAUAAAGUCUGAAGAAAUAAUUGUGGAUACCAACGAGUAUAACAGCGACGAUUUGGAUGAAGACCUCAAUUUAACAUUUGAAGACACUGGAGGCGAACUUUAUCAACAACGAAUUAACUGUACACAAUCUCUUCAUCAGAAAAGUGAUCCCUUGCAUGGAUUGGCAUCUUCGACCGUUGUAUCUUCGCAACCUCAUCGUAACGACAUGAACGUCAGUUCUGUUACUGAGCAAAAUGUUGGAGGUGGCAAAAAUUCUGUAUCCAAAAAUAUUUUGGAGAGUGAGAAGCGUAUACGUAGAGAAAUUGCGAAUAGUAAUGAAAGAAGGCGCAUGCAGAGCAUUAACGCUGGAUUCCAAAAUUUAAGAGCGUUACUACCCAGACAUGAAGGAGAAAAACUUAGUAAAGCGGCUAUUCUUCAGCAAACAUCCCAGUAUAUAUGUGAUCUGGAGAACCAAAAAACUCAACUUCUCGCACAGAAUAGUCAACUUAAACGGACACUUGGUCAACACGAAUUGUCUUUGAGUGGAUAUGGAAGUGGUGGGAACGGCGGCGGAUCUAACAUCGAUGAUGGUUGCUGCGCAAUUAAAAAACGUAAGCUUACUGACAAUGUACUGUCACUCCAAACGAUUUCUGAUUCCUCUGACGAAGGUCUUGGUUCAGUUUCCCCAGAACCAACUACUCUACUACAAACUGGCACUAAUACAACAAGCGUAGUGUCUUUAGGUUUGGCAAAGGCGGCCCAUGGAAAUGCAUACAUAACGCAUAGCGCCAAGGAGUUACUUGACCUUAAGAAGCAAUUGGAAAAGGAAAGGCGAUUUCGAGCAGUAAUUGAAGAGGAGCUUCGUUUGAUUAAGAAGCAAUUAUAUAACGCCAAUUUUAUUGCCCAUGAAGUCAUUGAACAUACAGACAACAUACAGGAAGAAAACGGUACAAUUUCUUACGUAGCACUUAACGACAAAAAUGAACCAUCCGAGGUUGUAGUAUGUUCGUCUAUUGACGACGUAAACGAUGAUUGCGCUGAAGUCAUAAGUGAUGAAAAUAUCCACGAAGAAAUAAUUGUAGCCCAAGAAGACGAGGUUAAAUACGACACUUCUGCCUUGCAACCAAUAUUGCAAGCGGCAAUCAAAGCCCAACCAAAAGUCGAAGUUGAACGAAUAAAUGAAACUGUCAUGAAAGUAAACACAGAAAGAGAUCUGCAAAAAAAAGGAGGAGGAAAUUCAAUUGGCUUGACACGAUCACGACAAAACCUAGAGACGAUCGUUGAAGCAAUUAGACACCUUGAGGGUGAUCAUCUAUUUGGGGAAAGCGGUGCGCAACAUAAAAAAGCACAAAAAUCACAAGAAUCUCCUUUAGCAUUGACUACUAAGCAAUUAGUAUCUACUGUUGUUCAGCCACAUCAUCAACAGCAACAGCAGCGCAAAACAAUAGCCGAGUUGAGUCCGUUCCUACAGAUAAAGAAUCCGAAAAUUGGAGCAACUAACAUCGUGACAAUUGUAAGAGGGAGAUCAAUUUCAUUAACUCCCAACCCUGGAGAUAAUACUCUAUCGAUAUCAUCCUUGGCAAGUCCAUCCACUCACGUCAUUAGUACAGCAAAUAACAUGUCUUCUAGUAGUAAUAUCAGCAACAGUAAUUCUAACAGUACGAGCGGCAUUAUCCCAGCGAAUAGUGCUGCAAUACCCACGGCAAUAGUAAAAGUACAACCCACUUUGUCAGCAGCGACAUCGUCCAUACCCAUUGCUACACCUCCAUCACAUAUCACAAUAACAACUGCAUCACUUAAACAAUGUCGACCGGGUGUCAUAGUUGCAAAGCAAAUAUCUUGAUUGCAUUGCAGUAGUAGAAGUCAUAUGAAAAACAACAGCAUGAUGAGUUCCACCACCAAUAAAAAAGAUACUAGAAGUAAAGCUGGCGUUAGCAAUAAUAUUAGUAAUAUAAAUAAAUAUAAUAAAAAAAAUUUUAGAAAUAAUAUAUCAAGCAAAAUCAAUAAUAAUAAAGUCAAUGAUGUGAAAAUUUCACAUGGAAACAAUAAAAAUGCCAACGGUACACAUAAUUUUAAAAUUUUUAAUAAUACUUAUGAUACUACUUAUUUGCAAAAUAAGAAAUAUCAACUAGUUGACGGAGAGGGUGAACAUUUCAGUGGAAAAUGCGGAACCAAUCUAAUCAAGCUUAUCCCUUCUGAGGCAAUAAGUAUUAUAUCUUCAAAUACUAAUAAUUAUAAUUUUACUUGGUCAAACAGCAAAUGUAAUAACUUAGCUUCCUUAAGAUCGUCCUUCAUUUCAAACUCGUCUAAAUUUAACUUACAAGAACAUCAGUAUAUACAAUUCAAUACCAAUAAUAAAUCGAAAAAAUCACAUCAAUUACCAAUUGCAUUAAAACUUUGAAGAUUCAGACAAAAUAAAUAAAAAUUAAUUUAACAACAUUAAAAAUAACAAAAAAAAAGGUGUAUGCAUUGAAGGUUUUUUUUACGUAUUUUAAAAAUAUUAUAUUUAUUUUGAGAAUUGUAAAAUAAAUGAAUCUUUAAGGCAAAAAAAUCACAUAUAAAAGGUAUACAAAAAUUAAAUAAAGUUUUAACAAAUUUGUUUUUUUUGUUGAGAAGUACAAACUAA